AUGGCCUCUCUGGACCUGCCAUACCGGUGUCCUCGCUGCGGGGAGCACAAGCGCUUCCGAAGCCUGUCGUCCUUGCGCGCCCACCUGGAGUACAACCACACGUACGAGACCCUCUACGUUCUCUCCAAAUCCAACAGUGUAUGCGACGCCGCUGCUCUGCUGCCCCUAGUGGCUGAAGGAGCUCUCCUCGCACCUGCCAACAACAACGACCCCUUUGAGCCUCUGCGGCCUUCAGCUUUAAAGGAACGACGCUUCCCUUGCCGUGAGCUUCCUUGUGCCGACGACUUGAGUUUGACCCCGGCUAACACCAACACUGCAGCCCGAUAUAUUCCCAAUGUGGAGUUUCCCCUGGGGGAGAUUUUUAUGAAGAAAGCCAUGACAUCCGCAGACCCUGGUCCCCAUGGAAACCCUAGCACAGCUGUAGCAGUGGCAGCUAAUGUAGCAGCUAGUGCAGUUGAGGCUGCCUAUGAGGAAGGCCUGGCCAGGCUGAAGGCACGGGCGUUUGAACGGCUGGAGCUGGAUGAGAGGCUGGAGAAGCUGUCUGAAGAGGUGGAGCAGAAAAUAGCGGCACGUGUAGGCCGCCUUCAGGCAGAGUUGGAGAGGAAGAGCUCCGAGCUGGAGCGGGCCAAGCAGGAGAGUGAGCAGCUGAGCCAGGAGAAACAAGACCUGGAGGACAAGGCCUCUGAGCUCUCACGGCAGGUGGACGUCUCUGUUGAAAUGCUAGCUAACCUCAAACAGGACCUGGUGAACAAGGAGGCGGAGCUCAACCACAAACAACAGGAGGUUGCCCAGAUUGACCAGUUCCUGCAGGAGACGGCAGCACGGGAAGCCAACGCCAAGGUACGCCUGCAGCAGUUUAUUGAGGAGCUGCUGGACCGCGCUGACCGCGCCGAAAAACAGCUGCAGAUCAUCAGCAGCUGUGGCACCACGCCGAAUGGCAGCUUGGGACGCUGCAGUCUACAGGCUUCAAAGGGCAAUGGACGCCAGAGAAACUCCAGCCUCUCUGGGAGCACAAGGGGAAUGUACCAAGUGUCAGACCGACGUUCCUCCCCCAGCACAGGAGCAUCAGGUCGAAUCAAGUCUGUAUCACAGGGCUCUGGGGGUUACGAUAGUGACAGCGUGGAGAUGCAUCCUAUGGAGGAUUGUCCCGAGUCUCAGUACUAUCACAUGCAGUGCCGGCUGGGUGAGGGGGGUUACGAGCGCUCCCCUGGAUGUGGUGGAGGAGGAUCGAGAAACUGGGGUCUCCGUAAACAGGCUAUCCAGAACUGGCAGCGGCGACCUUACAGGAACAGCACUGAAGGCGAUGAGGGAGACGUGUCAGACGUGGGCUCCCGGACCACCGAGUCUGAAGUGGAGAUGUGGGAGCAAGAGAGGAGAGCUGUGGCUGAAGUCCAGCAGUCUGCCGCCCCCUAUCCUCACCACAGCAGAGCCGGAUAUCGCCCUAACGCAGGUCGAUCAGAAGGGGGCUACAACAAGCCCUGCCGUCAUGAGAAGAGCCCAUCCAAAUCCAACGAGGUGAUCAGUCCAGAGAUCCUGAAGAUGCGUGCCGCUCUCUUCUGCAUUUUCACCUACCUGGACACUAAAACUCUGCUGAGAGCUGCUGAGGUCUGCCGCAACUGGAGGUUUGUGGCUCGUCACCCGGCUGUCUGGACCAGAGUGCUGCUCGAGAACGCUCGCAUUUCUUCCAAGUUCCUGGGCACACUGUCUCAGUGGUGCACUCAGACGCACUCACUCAUCCUGCAAAACCUCAAACCACGACAGCGUGGCAAGAAGGAAACCAAGGAGGACUACCUUAAAAGCACACGUGGCUGUCUGGAGGAGGGUCUGGAGGCGUUGUUAAAGGCCACAGGAAGUAACCUACUGAUAUUAAAGAUUUCUCACUGCCCCAACCUGCUGACUGACCGCUCCCUCUGGCUGGCCAGCUGCUACUGCCGAGCUCUGCAGGCUGUCACUUACAGAAGCGCUACAGACCCAGUUGGCCAGGAGGUGAUCUGGGCCCUUGGAGCAGGUUGUAGAGACAUUAUCUCUCUACAGGUGGCACCACUACACCCAUGCCAACAACCUGCUCGUUUCAGUAACCGAUGUCUGCAGACCAUUGGGCGAUGUUGGCCACACCUCCGCGCUCUCGGUGUAGGUGGGGCUGGAUGUGGCAUUCAGGGUCUGGCCUCAUUGGCGAGGAACUGCAUGCGCCUGCAGGUACUGGAGUUGGACCAUGUGAGUGAAAUCAACCAGGAGGUGGCAGCAGAGGUUUGCAGAGAAGGGCUUAAAGGCCUGGAGAUGUUGGUGCUCACCUCCACACCCGUCACCCCCAAAGCCCUGCUCCACUUCAAUAGCGUGUGCCGCAACCUGAAAUCCAUCGUGGUUCAGAUCGGUAUAGAGGACUAUUUUGAAGACCCCAACAGCCCUGAAGCCAGAAAACUGUUUGAUGAGAUGGUCAACAAGCUGCAGGCUCUGAAAAAGAGACCUGGCUUCUCCAAAAUCCUCCACGUCAAAGCAGACAGUCUCUGCUAA